AUGUCCAGUAAUCAGGCCGGCGGCAGCGGCGCCGACUCCAGCAGUAGCACAAAUGGAAACGGCAAUAGCAAUGGUGGCUCAGACACGAUCAUCGCCAUCGUGGCCCUGGUAGUGUCUGUUAUCGCCCUGAUCGGGACAGGAUUACAGGUCGUUCAACAAUACAUGGCCUCGGCGGCUGGCUACUCCAACUGCGAUGCCGCCGUGAUCGGGCCCUGGCACACAACGAAGAAGCGGCGUUUUCGCUUAAGCGAAAUGCGCUUCCAGGUUCUAUUCGAGACGCCUGUAUUCUUCGUCUGCCCGGCCGACAACAAGAGAGGGCCUAUUAACGGAGCGCCGGUGUGGUUUGUUAAAGGCGACCCUGAAAGCAUUGUCGUCACACGCUCUUUGCCGUUGGACGGCCCCGGCACGAACAACAGCGCAGACAAGCCGCCCCAGCAAGCAGACGGGAAGCAAAAUGAAACAACUGACCACGCCAGCCAAGCAACCUCAUCGAUGCCCAAGAUUGCACAUGUGUUGCAAGACAAGCGCGGAGUCCACACAGCUGACAACGAGAUGUCGACGUGGGUGCGCCUUCUGCAGGAGCUUCAUCGCAUGGAGCGCGACUCGCAGCACUGGCAGAAGACGCAAGUGGAACUGAAUCCACCACAUAGCGCGUGCUCCUUUGAGGAGCACAAACUCUGCGUGGCCCUUCAGUCAAAAAAGCGUUCCUGGGACACUAUGCCGUCUAGCAUAAGCAGGCCGUAUGCUGCGUCGACUAUUUGCCACCUCAUCGAGAUGGCAGCCAUGCUGGGCAUAUACUGGAAGGAGUUCGACCGGUCUGCUGGUCGGUACCGGGCAGAAGGCAACGGCUAUGUCCUCACGGGCAACCACAUGGCAGAUUUGGGGAUUGUGUUUACCUUUCAGAUAUGCGGCAAGAGCCGAUUCAAAGAAAAUCGCAUCAUCCCUGCAGAUGAGGCCAAGGAGCUCGCGUUUGGCCUCGUGCCGACUAUUUUCCGCAGGAAAGAGGACCUUCGCCGACUUGCGUUCACGUCCGACGAUACGCGCAGUCUGGAGACUCUCUUGCUCGGCAACCGCAAUGAGCUUGCAGAGACACUAGCAUCGAUUGGCUGCAACACAAACACAUCGAACAGUCUCCGCGAUGAAACGAAGAAGCAUGGCCACCUAUUUCCUCGGCGGACGCUUCAUAUCAAGAAAAGUCUUUUCCGUUUUUUACCAAACCCGACAUUUUAUCACUGGGACCGGAAAUAUUUUAGCAUGCAGAAGCUCCUACAGGAAUACCGAUCCGAGAUUGGCCGCCUAGGAGCGAACGAGCUGCAGAUCAAGGAGCUGCAGACGCUGGCAAACUUGACUGCCGACCUGCUUCUACGCAAGCCUGAACGCGACAAGGCCGGACGGGUCAAAAGGGCCUUGGAGGACACCAUCGACCGCCCGCUAAUGACUGUCCUGCAUGAGAACCUCGAUAGAUGCGAUUUAUAUUUGAAGAGAAAGGGCCGGAAAGCUGUUGAGAUUGUCCUACGCGAGCACGUCCAGGAACUCCUACACAUGGUUAACAACGAGGGCGACUAUGGUCCAGGCCGUGAAGAGGUAGGCACGGCAGGAACCGGGGUAGGACUCGGCACGUCCGAGGCUACCAGAACUGGGGAAUCCAGUCCACCAGGUACGGGGAGUGAUGCGGACAAAUUUGGAACCCCUUUGCGCUUCGACGACGUAAUGACGGCCUCGCCAGAAUUUCGCCAAAGAACAUUGAUGAGGAUAUAUUUUUCACGUUUGCAACCGCGCGUGGUGCAGUUGGCCGAAACUGCAUGGCUACAGCAGGACGAUGUCCACAGUGAUGACAACAAUCCUAACAUUGUCCAUGCCGAUAAAUUUGGCGCCGAAAACAUCGAUGCCGAUGUAGCUGGCGACGAUGUCGAUGGCAACGGCAACGUAUUUCGUCGACUGGAGGCGGCAAGCGUGUGGUGUACGCUGGUGUUCCGGAUGCUAUGCUGGCUGCUGUUGCACGACUUCAGUAAGAUGGAUGUGCAGAUUUCUAAGAGCGAGCUUUUGGGCAGCCGUCUUCCGGUGUACAUUUGGUGA